ACACUUAUUUGGAGUGAAUAAAGAAGAGAAGUUGGUGAGUCCUGCUCUGUAGAAAUAACUUUAAUACCAAAUGGCUGAGGCAGAAAAAGGAGAGAAGAAGGUGGAGGUGGUGUGUAGUAAACAUCCAGAAGAGCCUAGAUUGUUCUGUAUGGAUGAAGAGAGAGCUGUGUGUCCUUUCUGUGAGUUUUCUCUCCACCAGAGUCACAAGGUGGUUCCUGUAGAACAAGCAGUCAGUGAGCUGAAGGACCUGCUGAAAUCUGACUUAGAGUCUCUGCAGGACAAGAGGGACAAAUACAAAGGAGUGGAGACGACAUACAAUAAAGUGAUUCAAGUGUCCAAGAAGCAGCUGCUGUCCACAGAGAGGCAGAUCAGAGCAGAGUUCAUCAAGCUCCAUCAGUUCCUGAAAGAGGAAGAGGAGUCCAGACUGGCAGCUCUGAGGGAGGAAGAGGAGCAGAAAGGGAAGACUAUCAGCAGAGAGAUGAAGAGCAUUCAGGAGCACAUCUCCUCUCUGUCACACAGUAUCUCUGCUGUUGAAGAAGAGCUGCAGAAACACAACGUGCCCUUCCUCAGCAGUUAUAAAGCCACUCAGAGCAGAGCCAGAGUCCAGAGCUCACUGUCAGACCCACAGCUGCUCUCAGGAGCGCUGACAGAUGUGGCCAAACACCUGGGCAACCUGUCCUUCAGAGUCUGGGAGAAGAUGAAGGACCAGGUCCACUUCAGUCCUGUCCUUCUGGACCCAAACACUGCACACAGCCGGCUCUAUCUGUCUGAUGAUCUGACCAGUGUGAGAUUUGGAGACACAGAUCAGCAGCUUCCUGAUAAUCCAGAGAGAUGCACUAAGUAUGCUGAAGUUCUGGGCUCUGAGGGCUUCAGCUCAGGGAAACACAGCUGGGAGGUGGAGGUGGGAGAUCUUCCUUUCUGGCUUAUAGGUUUGACUAAAGAGUCAGUUGACAGGAAGGGAGUGAGAUUUUCCUCACCAGAAGAUGGAAUCUGGUGUUUAUGGCAUGACGAUGGAAAAUACACUAGUGGUGCUGGUGAGGCUGUCAGAGUGGAGAAGAAUCUCCAGAGGAUCAGAGUCCAGCUGGACUAUGAGAGGGGGGAGGUGUCCUUCUACGACCCUGAACACAUGACUCCCAUCUGCACUCUCAGAGACACUUUCACUGAGAAACUCUUCCCAUAUUUUCAUAUUGGAAAAGCUGGUGAUGCUAAAACUGCUGAUAUCAAAAUCUGUCAGAGUGAGAUUCCUCUGUGAUGCUCAGGAGUGUUGGUUCAGACUUUAUUCUGACUUCACUGUCCGUCUACAUCUCUUUGGAACAAUCAAGAAAAGAAUCAACAGAUGAUGAGAUAUUAAUCUUUGCAUGACAUUUUUACACAUUAUAAUCAAAGAGUCAGUCAAAAACAAACAAAACAACUUGAUUGUUUAUUGCUAUAGUUUAUUUUGUAUCAUACUUUAUUACAGUGUGGGUUAGGGUUAGGGUUUAACUUUUUUAUAUUUUUGGGUCUUUUGAUGAAUUAUUUUUAGAUGUGUUGUUUUUCUGCAGGGAGCAAGUCAUUUAAUACAUUUAUUUUAAUUAAUUAUUUCAUUCUUACAAUGUUCUUUCGUUAGCCUAUGUAACAUUUUCAGUCCUAUAUAGAUGGACAAUAAUAUUUAUGGUAAUUGAAAAUAUCAAUUUCUAAUUAACCUAGAGGGAAUAACAGCUGUAUAAUUAAGUGUAGUAUUUUUGAUGCUGCUUCAGAUAUCUUGUGAUUAAAUAACCAGCAGUUUAAUUCAGAAAUGUGUCUAUAAGGUUGAUUUCUGUUUCUGUAAAUAAAUAAUCUGAAUAUCUUAA